AUGGACAGGGUUACGGUUGUGAACUACUGCUUAGGACUCCUGGGUUUGUUACUACUGCAGGGCAUGCUAAAUGUGGAGGGAAGGAGCAUAUUUAACCCUGGAAACCAUGUUUAUAAUCCCAAAGAAGACACAGAUGCCCAGAGCAAGAUUCUAGCUCUCUUACUACACAAAAGCUUAGUUCCAGUUGAAAAGGAUGAUCCUCUAGGUCUUGAGCUGGCCAACAAAUUAGCUGAAUUAGAGGAGCUGCGGGCCCUGAGAGAGGACUUGGAGCUGGAGAAGGAGAUCACAGCCAAUUUGGCAGAAGGCAAAUCCGUAACUCAGAAGAGGGGUGAACCUUGCUUCUGGAAAUACUGUGUCUGAGACGGAUGCAAGAGGAAGAGGACCACUGU